CCUGUUCAUGCACAGAAAACUACAAUGUUCUUCAACAGUUUUGCCUUUUUAUGUUGCUCCAGGCUCGAGCUCCUCUGAGGAAGACAGUCCCCCUCUGCUGAUCAAGAGGGCCCCCUUGAGAAAGUCCCUAAAACACAGCACCCCCGAGGAGACGGCCCCUGGCCGGAGCCCACGGCCGUCAGGAGGUGCCUCCCUCCUCAGUGGGUCCCCAGUGCUUGCGUACUUCUCUCAGGACCUUGUGUCCCAGCUGGUGGGGGUCAGUCCCCAGGCCACCUUCAGAAAGAGGAGGCUGUCAACCAUCCGGGCCUCUAAGGUGUCCGGCGGGCAGCCAGGGCCUGACUCAGACCUCUCAGCCCCUGGGGAAGAACCACUGGCGGCGGCCUCGUUAGUCCAGGAGGAGCAGCAGCGACAGCAGCAGCAGCAGCAGAAAGGAGAGUCCCUCCCCGCAAACAGCUGGCGACUCUCACACUCGGGAUUGCCCGGGAUUCCAAACGCAGCCAGGAGGAAGAGACGAGACCGAAAGAAGCAGGCGGCUGAGAUGGAGCGAGUGAGACAGUGGGAGAUCCGCCUGCUUCAGAACAUAGAGGAAGCCGUCCAGCACGAGCUCACCAUCGACGACUGAGCGCUUGG